AUGCGCGCGGUGGUGGAGCGGGUCGUGGCGCUGGUCCCCGGCGCCUCGCGGGUGGCGGAGCUCUUCGUCCUGCAGUCCCGCAACGGCGGCUUCCCGCUCAACGACUCCUUCGGGGCCUACGUCGGGAUCCCGCUCCGGACGCUGGCCCAGCGCCGCCCGGAGGGGUGCAGCUCCGAGGAGUCCUGGGCGGCCCUCGUGGCCUUGGUCGUGAUGCAGGCAUCCCCCGUGAGCCCGGAUGUGGCGAUGUCGGAGCGGGCCGCGAUGCGGUACCUGGACACCAACUACCCUGGGGGGGCGUGGCGGGGCUGGAUUCCCCAGGCGCGCGAAUUAUUACACUUGGCCAAGACUGGUUCGGAUAACUAG